GGACCAACACAACGAGCUUCUCGAUUAAAUCAUGGUUUCCGUGUUCUUUUCUCUUUAAUUCGAAGAAUUCUCCUUUCGAUUUCUCCGAGGAAGGAUUGUUCAUCAGGAACAUGGAGAGACAAAUGGAAGCUUCCCAAACCCCUGAUUCAUUCGAGUACAUGUUGUUUGAGGGGGAUCCGGAUCACCUUAAACCUGUGGUUUCCACCCCUGGAAAGGUUAGUCCAUGGAUUGACCCUAAGAUGCUGAAACUCAUGCAUCGUAUUGGCCGGGGCCCCUUUGGUGAUGUUUGGAUAGCAACUCAUCAUCUUUGCUCCGAAGGUUUUGAGCGUUACCAUGAAGUUGCAGUCAAGAUGUUAUUUCCUCUGAAGGAUGAUCAGAUGCCAGCUUUUCUAGCCAGGUUUGACGAAAUAUUCUACAGGUGCUAUGGAUUAGACAACAUUUGCUUUCUGCAUGGCAUUACAAAUAUAAAUGGAAGGGUUUGUAUCGUUAUGAAAUUUUAUGAAGGAUCAAUUGGAGACAAGAUGGCUCGUGUUAAAGGGGGAAAACUUUCGCUUUCUGAUGUGUUGAGGUAUGGAACUGAUUUGGCUCAAGGUAUAAUGGAUGUUCAUUUAAGAGGAGUCCUUGUACUCAAUUUGAAGCCUUUUAACUUUCUUCUCGAUGAACAUGACCGGGUAAUCCUUGGGGACUUGGGUAUUCCUUCAUUACUUGUCAGCCUCUCACUUCCAAGUUCGGAGCUAGUUCUGAGAUUCGGGACCCCAAACUACAUGGCUCCUGAACAAUGGCAACCAAAUGAAAGGGGUCCGUUUUCUUUUGAAACAGAUUCAUGGGGAUUUGGUUGUAGCAUUGUGGAGAUGUUGAGUGGCAUUCAGCCUUGGGCGGGCAUGUCACCAGAUGAAAUAUACCACUUGGUUGUAUCAAAGCAAGAAAAACCAAGUAUUCCAAGUGGCUUGCCUCUGGAAAUUGAAAAUGUUCUUCAUGGAUGUUUUGAGUAUGACUUCCGAGACCGCCCUUCAAUGUCAGAUAUUCUGCGAGCGUUUAAGAGUUGCCAAGGCGCAGAUUACAGUGAGAGCAGCUGGAGCACAUCCGGAGUAGAAAAGGCGAUCAAUGUGAGUCGUACUGAUUGGUCUCUGUUGAAGGAUUACCUUCAAGUAGGCGACACUGUCAGAUCAAGGAAACCGAAAAACCUAUGUAAGCAUGAAAGCAUGGAAAUCCCCGAAGGUGUACUGGUUGGCAUGGACGGGUAUGUGAAUCGAGAAGGCUUUGUUUUGGUUAGAGUUCAUGGAGUUCACAACCCUCUCAGGGUACAUUCAUCGACAGUGGUGAGAGUAACCUUUGGUUUUGCUGCCGGGGAUUGGGUCCGCGUCAUGGAGGAAGAGAACAUCAAACAAUCAUCGCCGGUGGGCAUCCUCCACUCCAUCAGCCGCGACGGAAAGGUCACCGUCGGUAUUAUAGGGAUGGAAACUCUAUGGGAGGGUAGUUACUCACAACUCCAGAUAUCAGAACCUUAUUGUGUUGGUCAGUUCACAAAACUUAAAGCAAGUGUUGCUAAUCCUAGGUUUGAUUGGCCAAAGAAUCGAGCCGGUGAAUGGGCAACUGGUCGAAUCCAUCAAAUUCUUCCAAAUGGAUGUCUCGUGGUUAAAUUCCCUGGAAGGUUCAGUUUCGGAGUGCCCAGCAGCUUCUUGGCAGAUCCUUCCGAAGUAGAAGUUGUGAGUUUUAAUACAUGUGAUGGAGUAGUGAAAAAAUAUCAGCAUCUCGAGGACUUUCAUUGGUCUGUUCGGCCAUUGGUUAUCGGUCUUGGUUUGUUUGCUGGACUUCGUUUCGGUCUUGUCAUUAAAAGGAAUUUGAUGAAGAAGAAGCCUGAUCCUACAAAUGCACAACAGGUUGAAGGUAAGCAAUUGGAAGGCCAGCACAGUAACAAUCCGGGUUGGCGUCCGCCGCAGGUGGUGAACAUUCUUUUCCGAGAAGGACCGGCUUCUGCCAAAUAAAUGACUUGAUGCAAAACAUGCCUUCGGCGAAACUUGUCGACUCUAAAAAUAUCGUUUUUCGUUUUGUGUAUAUAUUGUUCUGACUUUCUUAUUUCUGGUUUGUCAAAAGAAUGAUCAUUUUAAGUUAUGAUUCUAGUUCAUGUUGCUUAUA